AUGGGAUCUAACAAACAGCCUGCUGGUUUACUAGAUACUCUGAAUAUAGAGACAGUUAGGACUAUCUUCACUCACACAUACCCGUAUCCGCACGAGCACUCGCGCCAUGCUCUUAUUGCUGUUUUUAUAGGUUGCCUAUUCUUCAUAUCAUCAGAUAACAUGCACACUCUCGUUCAGAAAUUAGACAGCAACGUAAAGUGGUGGUCGAUGUAUGCUUGUUUGCUCGGGUUUUUCUAUUUCUUUUCUUCUCCAUUUAUCGGGAAAACAAUCAAGCCAAGCUAUUCUAACUUCAGUCGCUGGUACAUAGCAUGGAUUCUUGUGGCUGCUUUAUAUCAUCUACCUAGUUUUCAAUCGAUGGGAGUUGACAUGAGGAUGAACCUCUCUCUGUUUUUAUCCAUUUAUAUAUCAUCCAUAUUGUUUCUUCUCAUGUUUCACAUUGUAUUCAUUGGCCUCUGGUAUAUUGGCCUUGUUGCCCGUGUGGCCGGGAGGAGACCAGCCGUUCUGACAAUUCUUCAAAAUUGUGCUGUUAUAAGUGUAGCAUGUUGUGUAUUUUAUAGCCAUUGUGGCAACCGUGCUAUAACGAGAGAGAAGACAUUUGAAAGGAAGCACUCGGGUUGGUAUACGCUGUGGAACAAGGAAGAGCGUAAUUCAUGGCUUGCGAAAUUUGUUCGCAUGAAUGAGUUUAAGGAUCAGGUUUGCUCGUCUUGGUUCGCCCCUGUUGGUUCUGCUACUGAUUAUCCAUUUUUGUCCAAGUGGGUGAUUUAUGGCGAGCUGACUUGCAGUGGUGGCCCGUGUGCAGAAUCGCCAGCUGAGAUCUCACCCAUAUAUUCAUUAUGGGCUACUUUUAUAGGCCUCUACAUUGCCAAUUAUGUUGUGGAAAGAUCAACAGGUUGGGCUCUUACACACCCUGUGUCACAAAAAGAGCAUGAGAAGAUGAAGAAAAAGCAAAUGAAGCCUGACUUUUUGGAUAUGGUUCCUUGGUACUCGGGGACAUCGGCUGAUUUAUUUAAGACAGUAUUUGAUCUGCUGGUAUCAGUGACUGUGUUUGUUGGACGUUUUGACAUGCGUAUGAUGCAGGCAGCAAUGAGCAGGGCUGAAGAUGCAGCAAAUGGUGGGGAUCUUUUGUACGAUCAGUUUAAUGAACAAGAUGAAUUAUGGUUUGACUUUAUGGCUGAUACUGGUGAUGGUGGAAAUUCUUCAUACAGUGUGGCACGACUUCUUGCUCAACCAUCGCUUAGAAUUCGGGCUAAUGAUUCUCUGGUGACACUCCCACGUGGUGACCUGCUUCUUAUUGGGGGUGAUCUUGCGUAUCCUAAUCCAUCUGCUUUUACAUAUGAGAGACGCCUUUUUCGUCCUUUCGAAUAUGCUCUACAGCCUCCUGUUUGGUACAAGGAGGAGCAUAUAGCAGUAAAUAAACCUGAAUUGCCAAGCGGAGUAUCAGCACUCAAGCAAUAUGAGGGCCCACAGGCCUUCGUCAUACCCGGAAAUCAUGAUUGGUUCGACGGGCUUCAGACAUUCAUGCGGUAUAUUUGUCACAAGAGCUGGUUGGGUGGUUGGUUUAUGCCACAAAAGAAAAGUUAUUUUGCCCUUCAUCUGCCAAAAGGAUGGUGGGUUUUUGGUCUCGAUCUUGCUCUCCAUUGUGAUAUCGAUGUCUUUCAAUUCAAGUUCUUCUCAGAAUUAAUUAAAGACAAGGUGGGUGAAAAUGAUUCUGUGAUCAUUAUGACACAUGAACCGAAUUGGCUUCUCGAUUGGUACUGGAAUGAUGUGACCGGGAAAAACGUGUCGCACCUGAUAUGUGACCAUCUAAGAGGAAGAUGUAAGCUCCGAAUAGCUGGGGACUUGCAUCAUUACAUGCGCCAUUCAUACGUUCCCUCUGAGAAGCCCGUAUAUGUGCAGCAUCUGCUUGUUAAUGGCUGUGGUGGGGCCUUUUUGCACCCGACUCAUGUCUUUAGAAAUUUCAGCAGCUUAUAUGGGACAUCCUAUGAAAGCAAGGCAUCAUACCCUUCUUUUGAAGACUCGAGUAGGAUUGCUUUAGGAAAUAUUUUGAAGUUUCGAAAGAAAAAUUGGCAGUUUGAUUUCAUUGGUGGCAUCAUAUACUUCGUCUUGGCCUUUUCCAUGUUUCCACAGUGCAAGCUAGAUCACAUCUUACAGGAUAAUACAUUUUCUGGUCACAUGAAGAGCCUUUUUGGCACGGUUUGGGAUGCUUUCAUGUACAUGCUUGGUCGCUCAUAUGUAUCCUUGACCGGUGCUUUCAUUUUGUUAGUUACCGCUGUAGCCUUUGUUCCGUCAAAAGUGUCUCGAAAGUGGAAAGUCAUAAUUGGUGUUCUCCAUGUUCUUGCACACUUAUCUGCUGCCUUGAUUUUAAUGCUGCUCUUGGAACUGGGCAUCGAGACUUGCAUCAGACAUAAAUUGUUGGCUACUUCAGGUUACCAUACACUUUACGAAUGGUAUAGAUCUGUGGAAAGCGAGCAUUUUCCUGACCCAACUGGCCUUCGAGCACGUAUUGAGCAAUGGACGUUCGGGCUUUAUCCUGCAUGCAUUAAGUACCUGAUGUCCGCAUUUGAUGUCCCGGAGGUCAUGGCUGUUAGCAGAAGUAAUAUAUGCAAGAAUGGGAUGGAUUCUGUUUCCCGAGGGGGGCUCAUGAUUUAUUAUGCUUCUGUCUUCCUUUAUUUCUGGGUUUUCUCGACUCCUAUAGUUUCUUUGGUUUUUGGAAGCUAUCUUUAUGCGUGCAUCAACUGGCUUCACAUCCACUUUGAUGAGGCUUUCUCGUCCCUCAGGAUUGCUAACUACAAAUCGUUUACUCGGUUUCAUAUCAACCGCAAAGGGAAUCUUGAGGUUUUCACCCUUGCAGUUGAUAAGGUACCGAAAGAGUGGAAGUUGGACCCGAGUUGGGAAGGCGAGUCAAAGCUGCCGCAAAAUUUCAGCCACAGAAGAAAGUUUCCGAGCAAAUGGCGAUCGGUUUCUUCGCAACAGGAUCCUGUCAAGACU